AUGAAAAUUCGAUAUUGUUGUUCACUUGCGCGACCUUUGCGACUCUUCAAGGUGUCGCUGCUCAGCGGUUUCUGUCGUCAGAAGAAGACUUUCAACAUGGCGAUGGGUGAAGGCGAUUACAAGGACUUUGGACCUCUGGUUGGAGCUAUCGACCAAGGAACUUCCAGCAGUAGGUUCUUGCUCUUUGCAAGUAAAACUGCAGAACUACUUGCCUUUCACCAAAUUGAGGUUGAAAGUGUCUAUCCUAAGGAAGGAUGGGUGGAGCAAGAUCCAAAGGAAAUUUUGUCAUCUGUGUAUCAUUGUAUGGAGCAGACACUUCACAGCUGCAAAGACUUGAAAAUCAACCCAGCUGAUAUCAAAGCUGUUGGGAUUACAAAUCAGAGAGAAACAACAGUGGUUUGGGACAAGGUCACUGGGGAACCACUUCACAAUGCUAUAAUUUGGCUUGACACAAGGACAAAAUCAACUGUCGAUCAGUUUGAAGCAAACACCCCAGAAAAGACCAGAGAACAUGUCAGAGCAUUGUGUGGCCUUCCUAUCAACACUUACUUCAGUGCAGUGAAGUUAAAGUGGUUGAUUGACAAUGUUGAGGCAGUGAAAAAGGCUGUGGAAGAAGACAGGUGUCUGUUUGGGACUGUGGACUCAUGGCUGAUUUGGAACAUGACUGGUGGUAAAAAAGGGGGCUUGCAUAUCACUGACAUUACAAAUGCCUCACGAACCAUGCUUCUCAACCUGAAGACGCAAAGUUGGGAUCCAUACUUGUGCAAAUUCUUCAGCAUUCCAAUGUCAGUUUUACCAACUGUGAAAAGUUCCUCAGAAAUAUAUGGGAAACUUGUUGAUGGUCCUCUCAGUGGAGUCCCAAUAUCAGGGUGCCUUGGUGACCAGCAAGCAGCAUUAGUUGGACAACUGUGCUUUAAUCAGGGAGAUGCCAAAAACACCUAUGGCACUGGAUGUUUUCUUCUCUACAACACAGGACAAGAGGUGGUCCUCUCUCAGAAUGGUUUGCUGACAACUGUUGCAUACAAGCUGGGUCCUGACCAACCCACAGUGUACGCUUUAGAGGGCUCAGUUGCCAUCACUGGUGCUGCUGUGAAGUGGCUGAGAGAUAACCUCAAUCUUAUCAGCUCAGCAUCAGAGAUUGAAACCUUAGCAGCCAAAGUAGAGAGUUCAGCUGGUGUGUACUUUGUUCCAGCAUUCUCUGGUUUGUAUGCUCCUUAUUGGCAGACAGACGCAAGAGGAGUGAUCAUAGGAUUGACCCAGUUUACCAACAAGGCACAUAUAGCAAGGGCCACUCUAGAGGCAGUGUGCUUCCAGACACGCGAGCUCUUGGAUGCCAUGAACAUGGAUUGUGGGAUACCGCUUGCAUCUCUUCAAGUUGAUGGUGGUAUGACGGUGAACAACUUGUUGAUGCAGCUUCAAGCUGAUAUCCUGGGAAUUUCUGUAGUGCGUCCAACAAUGCCAGAAACCACAGCCUUGGGGGCAGCAAUGGCUGCUGGUAUGGCUAAAGGAGUAGAAGUGUGGACUGUUCAAGCAGAGGACAAGUCUCAAAUAAACACUGAUAUCUUUGAGCCAGCUGUUGAUACACAUGCUCGAGAUCACCAUUAUGCUCGAUGGAAGAAGGCUGUUCAGAGAACCAUGAAGUGGGAAGUGGAUGAUGUUGAGAACCAAGGUUGAAAGCACAAAAGGUGUGUUAACAGAGAAGUUAUUGUGGAGAUUUAUCCCAGUCAUCCUCUGCAGUUGUGGGACCCAUACUUUUUAUAUUUGGUAGUUUAGCAAUAGGCUUGAUUGCCUCUAAACUAAGAUAGCAGUUAAAGAGAGAAGAUAUCUAAUUGAAUGAAUGAUUUAGUAUUAAUUUAUUACAAAAUUUAUUUUCGAUGAAAUUACUAAUUGUGUCCAUGAGAUUUAGCCACAAAGGGAUUAAGUGAAUGAAGUAUUUUUUUUCAUGUUGAAGUAUGUUUUGGCAUGUAUGUGGCAUAUAUUGUCAGUAUUAUUAACAUAAUAUCAAUGUUGAGAAAGGGUUGGGUUUAAUAUGUUAACCUCUGUUAUGUAGUUCCAAGGAUUGUCAGUUUUAGAGCAAUUUUGCGAUUGAGUGUCAAAAGUCAUCUGGAAUUGCUUUGGUUUUACUUUACUUUGCUUUGUGGUCUACAAAGCUUGCUCCAUCCUCUCAACUAAUCACAUUGAAAUCUAAAACCAAACAGGACUUAGUCAUUCUUGCCCCCCUACCCCUACUACGUUAUGCAGAUUGGUUGUUUAUUAUGAGCUCUCAUUGAAUCUUUGUCACGUUUUCCCUUCUUCCUCCUUCCUUCCUUCUGAUUAUUUUGGUUUUGGUUUAAUGACGCUCACUCGAGAUUUGCUCUAUUCAUCACCUGAAGUAUUUAAACCCUUCCUCCUAAGAUCAGAGUAGAUGUUCUCCCCUCUAGAUGCCAUAGAAUUCCUUGUAAGUUAGGCAGGAGAAUUUGGUGUUACAUCUAACAUGACCAUCUGACCGAUAACUUGGGCAAUUCUCAACACCUGUUUGCUGGAAGUUGUAUUGACAGUUUAGGGAGAAGUGACAUUUUAGUCACCCCAGAGUGAAAGGGACAAUUGUUACAAUGGCAUAAGAGUAUGUUUGUUUUUCUUCUGCCGUGACUUUCUCUUGGAAACAACAAUUUAUUUAUCCAUCAGAUUUAAGUAUAGGACAAAUUCAGUUACUUUUGUAACAACUGAACUCAUAAUCACGUUUGAAACAUUAAAACAACAAUAAUGAAG